AUGCCGCUUGGUGCAAAUGUAGAGCGAGUGGCGACUAGCCACUGUAUAGCAUUACCUGAAGAGAAUGUUGGAAACUGGCUGCUUAAGAAGGCGGUUGCGAGCCAUAGGAAAAUCAAUCUUAUUCGAUUCCCGACCUCCAGCACCACCAAGAUGGCCGAAAAAUUGCAUCAAUAUCCUUUCAGGGUUAUAAUAGUCGGAGGGUCAGUUGCAGGAUUAACGCUUGCCAAUACGCUGUCUCGCAAGAAUAUUGACUUUCUUGUGCUUGAAACCCGGGAUGCCAUCUCACCAUGCCCUGGAGCAGCCAUAUGUCUUUUGAGUCACGGAACAAGGACCUUGGAUCAAAUGGGCAUACUCGAUGAUGUAAUUCAGUUGAUGACACCAAAGGGAGUUUUUCAUACAUGGCAGGGGAAUGGAAGGUUACUGAGCAAGCUUGAUACACUCAAUGUUCUUCAAACUCGUCAUGGAUACCCAGCUGGGUGGAUUGACCGUGAAAAGCUGCUUCAGAUUCUUUUCAACCAUCUCCACGAAAAAGAAAAGGUCCUACUGCGGAAGAGAUUUGUCAAGGCUGAACAUUCUGCCGAAGGGAUCAUUGCCCAUUGUUCUGAUGGCAGCUUGUUCAAAGGUGAUAUCAUUAUCGGUGCCGAUGGAGUCCACAGUUUAGUCCGGCAGAGCAUGUGGCAGCAUAUGAAAUAUGAUGGAUUAGAAGGGAUCUUGAACAGAGAUGCGACAGCAAUGACGGCUCAAUACUCUUGUGUGUAUGGAGUAUCUAAAGCGGUAACUGGAAUUGAAGAUGGAAUAGUACAUCGCACGAUUGGCAGAGGAUUCAGCCUCUUGCUCGCUCCUGGAACGAAAGGUAUCCUUUACUGGUAUCUGACUGCCAAAAUGGAUAAAAGGUAUCAGAGUCCUCAUAUUCCAAGAUACGACAGAUACGAAUUAGAAGCACAUAUUGGCCGUUAUAUGGAUCAAGAAUUGAAGAGGCAAUCUACGAGCACUGGACAUGGAAACAAUUUGCCUGCCUUGGAGAUUCAAUACACAAGGCGAACAACUCCCACUUUGGGCCUCGGCGCCAAUACUGCCAUCGAAGAUGCCGCAUCAUUGGCAAACUGCAUGGCUUCUAUGCUGGAAUCAGAAUCUGCAUCAUGCCUCUCGGUUGAGGUUAUCAAUCUUUACUUAUCUUCUUGGGCUGCAGGUCGAGGAUCCCAGGCAAAAGCAAUAUGUAUCACCUCGAAUAUUCUAACCCGCUUUGAGACUCUUGCUACCUGGCGACACAAGAUUAUCAUGUUACAUAUUAUUCCCCAUUUGGGGGAUAUUAUAGCCGAUCUUCUUAGCUAUUUUAUUGUGGGAUCCGAGGGGCUGGAUUCCAUUCCUCCGUCAACGAGGUCUUUAGAAACUGCUAUGCCUUUCAGAAAUCUUGACCAGAAGGCCAACGCGUCUGAGUGGAAACAUUUAGCCACUUCUGACGCUCUGCGAUUGAGACUUCAAUCAAUCGCCUUAUAUUGCUUGGGGAAAUUUUGGGGUUAA